AUGAGCGACGAUUCGGAUAUCGAUGACGUGGCACACCAGAAGCUGCUCCAAUCGAUUCAAACUCCCGGAAGUGCGGGAAUUGCGAAGAAAAACCGGCUGAAAAAGACGGUGAAGGCGAAAAUCGACGCCAGUUCCCUUCUUUCGCACAUCACUGUGUCUAGGUUCGGAAAAGAAACUACAGUUUCAGAGGAGAAUUGAAAGAGAUUGAAAAACUAAAUUUAACUUUAGACUAUCGACGAACAAAGCGAAAGAAGCACUCGGAAUCGAGGGAUUGGAAUCGGCGGAACCGACGGAGAAAAGUGCGAGAAAACGGAAAUCCGAGGCAAUUUCGGAGGAGAAAUCGAAGAAGAAGAAGCUGAAAAGCAAGACGCUCAUUCCGUUGAGAGAUGUCGAGGCGAGAAAGGAAAUUGAGGGGAAAAUCGCGUUCACCGAUUUGAAGUACGUCUUUUUUCAACAUUGUUAUGGAUAUGUUACUCGUUGCUCUGUAUUCUUGUAUUCUUUCAGAAAAGAAGUAACCCAAAACUGGACGGAACUCGUUCAAAGCAACCGAAUCAGCGACCAGCUAAUUUUUCCGCUCACAAAACCCGACGGAAUUAUGUGGGGUGUAAGUUUUUCUCGUUUUUCUUUACUAGGGAAUGCUCCUCAGGUGAGUUGGUCUUAUGAGUCGUGAGGGAUCAAAUGAACAAAUGAAAUGAACACGUUGAUCGUCAAUUUCAGGACGAAAAAACCGAGCCGGUGCUGACGGAAAAAGAGAUGGAAGUGAUGAAGGCGACGGACAUAAAAAUGGCGAAAGAGCGGCUGUCGCAAAUGCAACGAAUGCGCGCGAUCGUCGGAAUUCAAGAGGCGAAGAAUCGGUACAUGAAGAAGAUCAAAUCGAAAGGAUACCAUCGCAUUCUGAAGCGAGAGAAACGGAAGCAGUUAUUGAAGGAAUUCGACGAUUUAGUGACGCGGGAUCCGGAAGCGGCGCACCAGAAACUGGCGGAGAUGGACUUGCAGAGGGUGAUCGAGAGGGGCAGUCUGAAGCAUCGCGGACAGAACCAGAAGUUCAAGCAGAUGCUCGAAAAGCACGCGAGCCGCAAUCCCGAGGUCAAGAAGCUGCUCGACGAGCAUUUGAGGCAAGUUUCCUUCUUACAGUUAUGUUCUCAAGGCAAAGUGAAAAUGUUUGAAUUCAAAAUUGUCAGAAAUAUCACACUAUUUCAAAACUGGAAACAAAUGUAGAUCAAUGCUUGUUUGCAGAAUGGGAAGAGAGCUGAAAGCGAAAGUGGUGGCCGCCACGGAAGAUUCUGACAGGGAAGAAGGCGCCGGAGCACCGGAAGCCAAGAAAAAGAGCAUUCACGAGUUGCUCAAGGUUUGUGGGUUUCUUCCAGCAAACAAUUACACACUUUUGACACAAAAUUUAACAUUCAAUUAA